GAAGCGGCCGGUGGCGGCCGGGGCCCUGCCCGUCCCUCAGGCGGCGGCGGCCGCGGGAACCCGCGGUGCGGGCGGGAGCCGGGGCUUGAGGGGCUGGCGGCGCUCCGGUACUGCGGGAGGGAGGGCGGGCGGCUGCUGCUGCUUUCUCAGAGGUUUUGUGAAACACGCGCUUCCGAUGUCCUGUAUCCCACAGAAUAAUGCGGAACUUCAUGCUCAUUUGAACGGCUGUAUCAGUUCUGCCACUAUGAAGAAACUUAUGGCCCAGAAGCCGUACCUUCAGAUCCAGAAUGGAAUGACUGUCAUUGACAAAGGAAACAAAAGAACCUUAGAUGAAUGUUUUCAGAUGUUUCAGAUCAUCUAUCAGAUUACCACGAGGACUGAGGAUAUUUUACUGAUAACUAAAGAUGUUAUUAAAGAAUUUGCUGAUGAUGGUGUCAAGUAUCUGGAAUUGAGGAGCACUCCCAGAGAAGAAAAGACCACAGGUAUGACCAAAAGGACGUAUGUUGAAACUGUACUUGAGGGUAUAAAGCAGUGUAAAGAAGAAGGCUUGGAUAUAGAUGUAAGGUUGUUAAUAGCAAUAAAUAGAAGAGGUGGCCCAGCAGUUGCUAAGCAGACUGUUAAACUUGCUGAAGAGUUCCUUCUUUCCACUGAUGGCGUUGUAGUAGGACUUGACCUCAGUGGUGAUCCCACUGCAGGACAUGGCCAAGAUUUUUUGGAACCGCUCUCAGAAGCAAAAAAAGCAGGUCUAAAGCUGGCAUUGCAUCUUUCAGAGAUUCCAAAUCAAGAAGAGGAGACCAAAAUUCUCCUGGGCCUGCCUCCUGACAGAAUUGGACAUGGAACAUUUCUCAACUCUGCAACAGCAGGUUCAGAAGAGUUAGUGCCACUUGUUCGACGGAAUCAUAUACCUAUUGAACUUUGCAUGACAUCAAACAUCAAAACUCAGACAGUGCCUUCCUGUGACAAACACCAUUUUGGGUACUGGUACAACAUGGGCCACCCUGCAGUGCUUUGUACUGAUGAUAAAGGCGUCUUUGCAACAGAUCUAUCGCAAGAAUACGAGCUGGUUGCAAAAACAUUUAAUCUGACUCGAUCACAGAUGUGGGAUCUUUCCUAUGAAUCAAUCAACUACAUCUUUGCUUCAAGUGUAGUAAAAUCAAAGCUAAGGGAACAGUGGUGUAAACUGAAGCCAAGUCUGUUUGAUUAAUCAAACUGUUGUUCUGAACAGCGUGGGUGCAUUAGUUUAGUUAAUAAGCAUUUUUUGCUGAAGUCCCUGGCUUUUUUCAGACUUCAGGUAUAUAAAUCCAGCCCGUAAACUGCCUGUGCAAAGCGAGGACGAUAGGAAUGCACCCUUUGUUAGUGGGGACUGAAGUACAUGUUCUGUCGUAGUUGGGGAGGGGUCUCAACCAGUGACUAAAAUUCCAAAUGUGUUGUCAUGUAGUUUCUUGUCAGUUAUACAAUAUUUUAAAAAAUAGUUGACAUAUGUCAUCAUACUACAAAUAUUUGAGAGUCAGAACAAACUAAAGGCACAGCUGUUAGGGUUUAAAAUGUCUGUUGGCAACAUUACAAGUAUGGCGUGUAUAUUUGGGGUUGUAUUUUUUUGAACAGAAGUUUUGAGCCAUUGAUUCAAUGUGAAGACAGAAACAAACUCAGGGAGAAUGAAGUAUUUUUCCCAAAGGAAUCAAAUAUUGCAUCUGUUUUUAUUGGUGUACAUGUGUGACUGAAGCCUGCUGUGGGCUGUGGAGCGUGUGCAGUGGUGCCUAUCAAUGCACUCAGCACUGGUGGUAUUCAAAGUGUGAAUCUUGAAUGCUUUAGCAAACUAUGAGCUACUUUGGGGAAAUGCUCAAAUUCUUAAAAUGCUUUUUAGAAUUGCUGUUUGUUUCUUGUAAAAAGGCAAUAAAAAUAGCUUCAACCUCCA